AGAGAUUCUUGAUACAUGAGGGAUGGCAACGCAAGUUAUCGGCGUGGAGCAAGAAGACGGGCGCUGGAAUGAAUCGACUGGCGCCUUCAGAGGCGAAGGUAAUCACACACUGUGGUGAUUUACAGGAUUACCACUGUACUUAUUGUCGGUCGAUUGACGAAUUUCUCUUUCACUUGUAUAUGCUGAAACGUUUCACAGAUGCUGGUCCCGAGAGAGCUUCAGGCUCCGAAAUGGAUGAACAACGCAAGCAACAGAUGGCUUAUCAAUACUUAUGUCACCUGGAAGAAGCUAAAGUGUGCGUAGCAGCUAAGUUGGCAGUUGUAACCAGCUGAAUUUCUGCAUAAUUUUACUAGUGUAUUACUGUAGUAUUAGGAUUGUAACGAGAGGAACACCCAGCUGUUUAUCUAAUAUUGAUAUUUAUCACUAAUCAUGCCUUUUGGUCUCGUCUGUAGAUGGAUGGAAGCAUGUCUAAAAGAGGAAUUACCAGCUACUACUGAACUCGAAGAGGCAUUCAGAAACGGUGUGUUCUUGGCAAAGCUGGGUAAUUUCUUUUCUCCAGAGACGAUUCCUCUGCGCAAAAUAUUCGACAAAGAUUUUAAAGUUUUGAACGUAAGUAAUAUUCCUGUUAGCUGUUUACCUGCGUCUGUGGCGCAUACCCUAUGUAAACUUUGCAACCAUUCUUAAAGCUUACACGUAUAGUUUAAGCUAAUUGCUUUAGUUGUUUCUCUUUGUUUUGUAGUCUCGAGGUCUCCACUUUCGCCACACGGAUAAUAUUAAUUUCUUUAUAAAUGGUUGCAGUAAAGUUGGUCUUCCAAAGGUUAGAGAAAUAUUUUUGUGAUUUACAUAAGCCAACAUUUUAUUCGUUUAUGCAGAAACCCAUUUAAAUGUUGUCCAUGGCUAUAAUGUUUAUUUUGCUAAGUGGGUUUGUCGCGCGUGACUCCUAUUUUUCACUCGUGCAGUGAUUAGCGCGCUCUUUUAACCCCAGAGAAGAGAUUUAUCGUUACAUAAAAUCAAUUUGACUUGCACCUCUUUAUAGAGUAGGUCAUGUGGGCAUUUUUAAUGCGUUAUAAUUUGGGCUGAGGUGAAAUAAAAAUUUAUAGUUACAAUUUAAUACAUUUCUGCACGAAUCUUAGUAAAUGUCAAUUAACAAAUACGAUGUUAUUUCUUCCAAGGUUUUCUUUCCUGAGACGACCGACAUUUAUGAUAGAAAGAACAUGCCAAAGCUGAUUUAUUGCAUUCAUGCUUUAAGGUAAACCCCCCCACCCAAAACAGUCUGAUCUCAAAGUUUCAUGACAAAGAAUUUUUGGCGGAAAAUAUAUGAUUGUUAAACAAUGAGCAUAGUGAAUUCAUGAUAUUCUGCACAAAGAACUUUGUGUCACUGCUUUAUUUAGGUCAUUACAAUCAAAAUAGACAGUGAUGUUUAGGCACAUUAUGAAUUGCUUAGCGCAGCAACUGGCAAAUUGCCAUCCUCUGGCUCCCUAUUUUUUUCCAGGCUGGAUAUGUUGUAUGUAAAAUCAAUUUCAGGUUAAGCCAGUAUUCACUCUUGUUUGAUCUGUAAAUUUCCUUGUUCCUUUGACUCUCUUAAGAAAUGUCUUUGUUCCGUUGACUCUCUUAGGAAAUUUCUUUGUUCCAUUGACUCUUAUAGUAGUCAAAGGAAAUGCAGGUUUAACCUGAGAACAGAUUUUACCCAUAACAGAUACAUGUAGACCCUUUUGCUUGAGUUUACUAGCCAGGGGUAAUUUGGUCAAUAAUUGGAGAUGCCUGUGUUUAAAUAAAUUUAUGAAAAUUUGCUUAAAAUACUUUAUUGACAAUCAGUGCUUUUUUAUUGGUUAGUACACAUCAAUUUCAUAGUUGGUGAUUGGAAGUCAGUUUAUUCCUUUUGUCUUAUCACACAUAAAAUGGCUCUUCAAUAUCAAUGUGGAAUUGUGUAAAAACAUUUUUGUCAUUUUGAUGGGUAUUAAUAACUAUUGCAUGUAUGAUUCCUAAUAGUGAUGGCAUAUCAUAUUGGUAGUAUGUAUUGUAAGUCUUGAAAUGGUUGAGUAAAUAUAACUCAACAAAAAACCAAGGAUGGAAACGCCAACUUUUUGGCUCUCUGUGCUUCCUUAUUAGCAAAGACGUGACCCAUGUGGGAGAGGAAUUAAAUUGACCAAGAACAGUCAAUGUAACAGGAUACUAGCUCAAGUAAAAUGCUGUGUUUACCUGCCAUUUCACGUUAAUAUUGGCAUUAACAAAUGCUAAACCUUUUUAGUGAUGUAAUCACAUCAGUAUGCAAAAAUUACUUUCAAAAAAAGAUUAUUGUUCAAAGAAAAUUUGCCAAAAUUGCAAGUGAUGAUUUUCUUGUUUUUUGCUGUUAUUUAUUGGUUGUGAACUUGUUUUCACUUAAAAACUCUGGUAGUCAGUGUUAUUACUCCUUUUUCCUCUAGCAAUUUAAAUAACAAUAAUAAAUCAUUACCUCUUCAGUCAUGGGACUGCUAUCGUUGAGGUCCUCAUAAAUAGAUUCAAGCGAAAAAAAUGGAAAAGAAUAUUAUUUUAAAAAAAUGCAUUAAAACUAUCCCAAUAAAAAAGUAAAAAAAACUGUCUUAAUUAGAGAAAUUCUUAGAAACCAUCCUUAUACACUUUAUCCUCUCAUUUCCUUCUUUGUUGUUGCCCUUUUUAUUGCUUAAGUUGGAAGGAUAACCUUAGCAGAAAUUUACUUUUCUUUAGUUUGUACCUGUUCAAGUUAGGAUUGGCACCACAAAUACAGGAUCUGUAUGGCAAGGCCACAUUUACUGGUAAUUUAGAAAUUAAAUACAUCUUAAUAAAAUUAUUAUUGUUUAACUUGAAGUGUACAUAAAGACUUGAACAGAUGUCAUGUUUCUAAUAAUGUUAUUUUUAAAGUUUUUUUGUUGGUAAGCAAAGCUUUAAAGUAGGAAAUAUAACAAUCACAUUUGUUUUUAGAGGAACAGAUUAGUGCUAUGAGAAAAGAGCUGGAAAAAUAUGGAAUUCAAAUGCCAGCAUUUAGCAAGAUUGGAGGCAUUUUAGAAAGUGAGGUACGUAAAAACGGACCAAACAGGUAUCAAUGCAUAGUAAGGUUUGUUUCUUGGGAAAAUAAUAUUACAGUGUACUAUCACUCCUGCUAGCCUACUGUUACCACUGCUACUAUUGUGCUUCUACCCCCUGCUUGCAAUCCCUUAGCCACCACCAUUUCUAUAGUUACACUCAGUCUCUUUCCCACAGUCAAUUCUACUGUUACUCCCAUUGUCUUCUUAAGUCACUGCCACCCCUCCUCAUUCAAUCCCAUUCUUGUUUUCACUGCUACUUCCAUUUUCGCUUCUAUAAUCACUCCCACUUCCACAACCAUCGCCAUUCACUGUCACUUCUACUCUUUUCCUGUCAUCCUGUCCUACUAACAAUCAGGGUUGUCACUAAGAUUUCAAGUUGCCAGGGAAAUGCAACAGGUAUGCAGGGAAUCAAAUGGCUAGGGAUUUCUUUUCUUUCUGUGUUUCUUCUAUUUGCCUAUGAAAGUAGCUGGGGGCCAAAUUCAUAAGAGCCGGGGGAAAACCCAGGCCCCCGCCUCUUAAUGACAGUCCUACUGACACUCAUGAUCUUUCUGCCAAAUUCACUUCCAUUAACACUGCCACUCUUUGUUCCACAUUUACUCCCAUUACCACCCCCACUCUUUCUCCCACGUUCACUCCCCUCACCACUCCCACUCUUUCUCCUACAUUAACUCUUAUCACCACCCCCAUUCUUUCUCCCACAUUCACUCCCAUUACCAGUCCCACUUUUUCUUCCACAUCCACUCCCAUCACCACACCCCUUCUUUUACUCACAUUUGUUCCACGUUCUGUUUUCUUUGAUACUGUCAGUAAAACUCCCUGUCCAUGUUUCAUUUUGAUUUUCAUUUCCACUAGCAUUGCCUUUACCUCCAGCACUGCCACUUUGAUUGUUAUCAUUUCACUCUUUAUCACUGUCACUGCUAUUACUACUAAAUGCAGUUUUUUUUACUAAGUGGAAAAAACGUUUACUUUACCAGGGCUGUCAUUAAGGGCUGGGGAUUUUUUAGAUACUAUGAGUGUGCCCGCUGGCUAUUUUCAUAAAAAAAACUAAAGGCAAUUACAACCAAAGGUUUUUAGUUUGUUUGUUGAACUGGAACUGUUUCUUAUUGCAGAUGCCUGUGGAUGAGGCAGCUUGUAAGUAUAUUGCAUUGGAGCUUGUAACUUUACAGUGCAACAAAUAAAAUGGUUUUGCAGUUAAAAGUUUUACAGUCUUUCACUUAAAAUAAACAAAAGGAAAAAAAAAUGACUUCAGUGCUUCAGUUUUUUGACUGAUCAGUCACAGUAUGACUUAAUAUCUGUUCUAACAGAGUAAACCUUGGAGUUUUGUUUAUUCAGCAGUUUGUGAUAAAUUAAUCAUAUUUUUCUGUACAGUACAUGCUGCAGUGAUUGCUAUAAAUGAUGCAAUCGAUCACCAAGAUGCUGGCAAUACUUUGGAAGCUCUGCGUAAUCCUAAUGCACACCUCAGAGAUGUAAAUGCUGAGAAUUCAGAACCUUAUCAAUCUGCUCUGUAUCAGGCAAAGAGUACUAAAGCUGCUCAAGCCAUAGCUAAGGUAGGAAAAGAUCUUCUAGACUUAAAAAAAAACUUGAAAAAACUGCAGGGUAACUGUGUUUGUAUGUUAUGCUCUGUAGUCUCCAGGCAAGGAGGGAAUGGAUGUCUAUGACACAUUAUUAACCCAAGCUGAAAUACAAGGAAACAUCAGUCAAGUUAAUGAUGUGAUCAGAAAACAAAAAGCAGAAGAAGCGUGUAAGUGGUUUUAAAUGUAUUGGGUAAAAUCCAGAAUUAUAUACAUAUAUUUAUAUAUACAGUGGAUGAAAAAUGCCAAGCUAACCAACGAGGAUGCCACUUGUCAGAUUCAAAAUGUUUCGACCUCAACUUCAUAAACCUGAAUGACAAAAAGAUCUACGACAAACUUCCUCACAUGUCUGGCUGUUUAAUACAGACGUUUCGCCCUUUGGGCCUCUUCAGUGUAUUGCAAAACCAAAACCUGUCCACUGGUACUUUUGAUUUUGUAAAUACACUGAAGAAGCGCAAAGGGCAAAACAUCUGUAUUUAACACCAAGACAUGUGAGGAAGUUUGGCGUAGAUAUCUUUGUUGUAGAUCUUUUUGUCAUUCAAGUUUAUAUAUUUAUAUAUGUAUAACUGCAGACAGUACUGUUUUAGCCUUCUGGGCCUCAUCAGUGCAGCUAUGAUGCUAGGAUGGAGGUUAAGCUAUAUAGCCACCCCAAAUGAUCCCACAAAAUAAUGUGGUAUCAUCUAAGCCAUGCCAGAGUGCUCUAACUAGUAUAUUAGUGGGCAUGCGCAAUGCUAUGGUCAUGACUCAUCCUACUAGAGUGUAUAUAUAUGCAUAUAUAUACAUUGUAUAGCUGAUAGUAUUAGUAAGGUGACAGAUGAAUUCAAUUGUUAAUUUCAUUUAAUUUUGUUAAUGUGUAAUCAGAGUCUAUCAGCUCUACAGUAAGAUCUUUUUAUAAUUUUGGUACUUCAAGCUGUCGUAAAUGUUUUUUCCUUUCUAGUUUAAAUUUGUUUCUUGCCUUGAUAUUAUCUCUUGGUAUUGUUAACGGAAAAAAAAGUAACAUAACAUAACAUACACUUUGGGUGCGUUCCUUUGGAAUGAUCCAGAUCAGGAUAAGUGAUCCAGGAUACCACGGAUCAUGGUAGAUCAAAUGAACCAAAAAAUCCUUGUCCAGAGUGGAUUCAUCGGUUCAUUUGAUCUACCAUAAUUAGAGUGAUCUUGGAUCACUGAUCGGAUCAUCCCAAAGGAACGCACCCUUUAUUAUGACACCUCUAUAUGGUGCUAUUCUGUCGUAAUAUACAAUAAUAACAAAGAUACAAUAAUAAAAAUAAAAUGGGGCAAAAAUAUUUACAUCUGUUACAACAAGAAAUAUUUACAUGAGUUUAUAUACAGUCAUGAAAAAUGUGAUUCAAUCUAUUUAAGAAGAGUCUACAGGAAAGUGGGCUGCGACUUUCCUUUUAAAACUUGAGAUCUUGUUUAAGUUCCGAAUGUUUUAUGGGAGUAGGUUGUAUUCUUUUGCCCCACGAAAGGUGAAAGAGCGUUGACCAGUUGAUAAUCUGUAUGUAGGUAGAUUUAACUGUGACAUAUCUCUAGUGUUAUAUUCCUAGAAAGAUCUUUAAUUAUAAUAUUGUCUUUAUAGUAUUGGUAAAAACUUGAUUCCAUUGUUUAGUGCUCGUAGUAUACUGAUUUAACAGUGAGGAAGAUGGUGUUAUAAUGUUUAACAGUUAUGGUUUCUUUUAUGUAAGUGAAUCAAGCUGUGAAAGAAAUCAAUGGAGCUAUCAGUAGCAAAAAUGAAGAAGUUCUUUUGCCAGCAUUGUGCAACACGGCUGCCAGGCUAUCUGGUGUCUCAACUGAAAAUGGAUCUUGGUAUAUGAAGAUGCUGGGAGAGAAAAAGGAGAUAAAAGAACUGCAGGUAUCAAUAAUAGCGUCUACUUCAAGGAGCAUCUGGCUUACCAGAUAUUAAAGAAAUAACUUCUUGGGCACAGUGUUCAAUCUAGGCUGCGUUUUUGCAUUAUUGACAUUGAGUAUUAUAUUCUGAUGCAAAAUAAAUUAUUGUGGAGUCAUACUGAUGCAAAAAAGUUACCUCAUAUAAAAGUUCUUCCAAAGCAGCAGGCAACAAUAAAAGUAAACUUAAAGAAAUAGCUUUGCUUACUGGCCUGUAAGCACAAUGUAAAAUGUUUAUGUGCUUUACGUUUGCUUCUAAAACAGCAAGCAGGUGUUAGAUCUGGUCAAGUACACAUAGCAAGGUAAUGCCUGUGACAAAAAUUAAGAAAUUAGGAUUGGACUUAUCAAACAAAAUCACAACUUUGCCUUUCAGUUUAAAUAAUACAUUUUUUGAAUGGCUUUUAAUGUUUUGUUCAAUGUAGUGUUAAGUCCAACAGACCAACUAUUCUUUUGUUUUAAAUAAAUUUUUGCUAUCAAUUUAAAAAAUUCUUGACCAUUUCUUGUUGUUGUGCAUUUUUAUAAACUAAAUACUAAUGAAUAUUGUACAUUGUUUGUGUGCAUACUUCUCUAUAGGAAUCAGGCAUCUCAGAUCUCACAAAAGCUGAAAUCCAGGAAGCAGUGAAUGCUGCUAAUGACUUAGCAGAUCAACACAGGCAAAGUAAAUAUCAUCAUUACCAUAAGGCUGUUACAUUGUACUUUUUUCAAGAGCAAGUUCCUUCUUUAUGGGCCUGUUUUGAACCCCUUUUGUUUUUCUGCACAAGUGAGUAAAGUGAAAGAGGUUUUGUUUUUGGGUGGGGGAGGAAAGGGGGGGGGUGGACUGUGCUAUUCAGUGAGAGUGAGUGGCCUGUACUUGCAACUCAGGAAUGUAUCUUUUAAGACUGAACAGUCUUCUGUUUAAUAUUUUUCUCAUCCAUUUGACUUUGUUAAUCAUUGUAUUUCAGUGGAAGACAUAGUUAAGCGCAUAAACAAAUCUUUAGAUGAUGGAACUUCAGAAGAAACCCACAACUUGGUUCGAAAACCUGAAGGAAUGUUUCCAAAAGUGCUUCCAAGGAGUGCUUUCCUCUACCAUGAUGGGCUGUUUAAAGGCAAACAAGUAUGUUUUUGUCUUAUGUCUUACUAAAAUACUUUGUGAUAGGAAGUAAUUAGAAAGUUAUUAAUACAAUAUCAACAGUCAGUUUUCCUUUUUUUAUACUUUUGAACUUUUUUCUUUCCACUAGAAUUCUAUCCUUAAUUUAAUAACCUAUAAAAAAGUGAUUUGGCAAAAGAUCUUUACCUGGCUGUUAAUUUACUUAUAAAAUUGAUAUUUUUUGGCAAUUUUGUCUGAGGAGUGCUGCAGAUAUUGUGCAGAAUGAAACUAGUUAGUUAUAAAAUGCCAAGUCAAAUCUUACGUUGAUCAGAAGAUCAUCUUGAUGAUAUUGCUCUAGCUUGUCUAUUGACCACUCUGCCAAUAGGCGUACAUGCAUAUCAACGGGAAAAUAUUUUUUAUCUUAUUUUGCAAAUUGUACUCAUUUCUUUUGCAGGAAUGUGAAUCACUGACUCAUGAGCUUAUCUGUGAGCAGUUAACAGGUAUUAUUCAACUUCAUCAUCCACAGACUCGUACUGUAUCUUGACAUUAAUUUAUUCUGAAACUCCGUAUGUGAGUGUUUAGUUUAACAGUUAUUGUUGUCAAUUUGUUAUUUACUUUACUUUUCAGUAUUGACAGCUGUAGCUUCCAUAAAUGAAGCAAUUGAAAAUGAGAAUUCUACUCAGUUAAUUAAUAGAAUGAACCACCCCAAUGCUGGCUUGACAUCAGUUGAAGACAGUCUGUGUAACAGAUAUUUGUCUCAUUUGGUGUCCGUUAAGGAGGAGAAAGCACAGGUAAGUUCCAAUGGAUAACAACCAAAUGAUAAAACUUCUGAUGAGCUGUAUAAAAUGACAGCAGGUAUUAUCAUAUUUCUUGGAUGUAAAAAAGAGAUAAGUAAAUGAUAUUGCAAGUGUUUUGUCAGGAUUUGAAGUGCAUAUCUAAAUUAUUCUAAUCAAAUGAUAUUGCAAGUGUUUUGUCAGGAUUUGAAGUGCAUAUCUACAUUAUUCUAAUCAAAUUAAACAUAUCAUGACUUAAAACCCCAUGUGGCAGACGUCAAACCAGUUGGCAGUAAGUGAGCAGAGCCCUUGAACAAAUCCAGCUAUAGGUCAAAGUGGCACUCAAAUCUGGCUCGUCCGAGUUGUAAACUUAUCCGACUCACUGACCACCCAGCCACAAUGUCUGCAGGCAAUGAAUACAUGAUGGCUGCCAGUUCACAGGGCAUCCUGUGGGAGAUGAAAGACUGAUCUUUUUUUCAACUUGUAGGACUGUGGAGUAGGCAAAGAUGAUCUUACUCAGAUUGAACUUCAGAUUUGUGUGGACUUCGUGAACACUGUAGUCCAAGAUGAACAUGACUGUAAGUUAUCGCACUUUAUUAUUUUUGGUUUAUUUGUAGAAUGCAUUUGUAAUUAUUCAUAAAACUCAUGUUAGGAUUUGGACAGCCUUAAACUGUUUGUUUUUUUAUACAGUAAUAUCAGCAAUAGCCGUGAUCAAUGAAGCUGUUGACAAGGGUGAUCACAACAGCACAUUGCAGUGCCUUCAUGCUGAGGCUGCCAAGCUUUCAGGCAUCACAUCAGAGAAUAGCCAACUCUAUCAGAAGGUUCUCUACUCUCAAAAGAUCGCUAAAGCUCAGGUUAGAAAAUAAAUAAUCAGUUUGUACCAACAAAAAUGUAUGUUAAUGUUCACUUUCUUGUCUCUCCACGCCAGAAGAGUUCGACUUUAAAAUUAAGUAGCAUUUGAAACACCAUUCCAUUUGCAGAAAACUGAUGAAGAUUCAGCAGAAUUAUGGCAUGAUGAGAUUCAGCUUGGCUUGGAUUAUGCCAAUAGGCACGCAAAUGAGGCCAGGCAGUGUGAGUAUUGUAUAGUAUUAUUGCUUAUAGACUUAUAAUUAUAUUAUUGUUAUGAGUUCCAGCAGUCUGGCAAAACAACUGUUAUUGAACAUUAUGAUCACUCAUGGAUCAUUAAUUUUUAAAGUGUUUGCAUUUCAGUACACCUACACAUCUAAUGUGAAAUUUAAAUAUUAAUAAAGAACUACAAACAUUCUAAAAAAAGCACUAAUUCUCAUCUUAGCGUGGAAAAAGAUGUGAUGUUACAAAAUUUAACUCUCACUACCAUAUCUUUAUUCACAAAUUGCUUCUGGUGCCUACAGGCACCCACAGCCUACAGUGAUAAACGGUCAUCUGUUUUAACUCAUACCACACUUCAAGCUACAGUCGACGUUCUCUUAACUCUAUAAGACAGACACCUCGGUAAAAUGGACACCUAGGGUUGGUCCCUGCCUUUCUGUACCCCCUUUAAUUGCCUCUCUAUAAGACAGACAUCUCUCCUUGAUGAACACUUAGUGCUGCAGUCCAAAAGGUGCCAGUCAGAGAGAGAGCUAACUGUACUUCAUCCAGCUGUGGCCGCCACUUGAAAUUCUACUGAAAUCCAUGUCUUCUAUAACUGUCUAUUUUUAAUAGUGGCAGAGGGUGUCACUGCAGUAAACCAAGCUGUUGAUGCAAAUGAUGAGAAGUUACUCAUGGCAGCCCUGACAUACCCUCGUGUCAGCAUUUAUGGUGUCACCUCACAGUGUAGUCAGCAGUACCUUGAAGAGCUUACAAAACUCAAAGAUGCAAAAAAACAACCAGGUUGGUGCUGAUCUUUGUUUAUGGGCUAAGGAAUCUGACAGAAUUUUUACCACUGAGAGCACUGUACAGGAAGUACAGAUAGUCAAAACUUGAGAAGAUGGUUCAGGAAUUUAGGAUAAAAUAAAUGGUUACUCAUCUUAAUUUGUAGAGACUGAUACCAAAUGGCUGGAACAGAAGACACCUCAGGGACACAUGUAUUAUUAUAAUACUGAAAAUAAUGAAGGUUGCUGGGAAAAACCUGAAGACUUUGGUAAUUCAUCUCUAUUAACAAGGGAAGAAAUUCAGGUUAGUUCAGCAUGUUCAACCACGUCACCAAUAAUAAUACCUACAUGUUUUAACUACUGUCUAACUUUUAUAGUUGUUACAGUUAGUAGUGAUUUUACUACAUUAUUAUAUCUAUUACGAUUAUUUAUCAGUUGCAUAGCUCAAUCAUUAUGGAGAAGUUGAAUGGGAAACAUGGUUUUCCCUUACUUAAUGAGUUUGGGUUGUGUAUGGCAAGUUAUUUGCCAAGUUUGUUUGCUCCAUUUUAUGGUUCAAGCACAGUUUGACAAUACAGUACAAUAUGCUCUAGACAGAGCAUGUCUGAUACAUUAAGUUACAUUUCACCUUCAUGUCUUACAGCAUCAAAGAGAAAAUGAAAUGUGACUUCUUGCAUCAAGAAAAAUAUUUUUUUCGACAAAACAGAUCACACUUCACCUAAAUGUUAUUUAGCACACCGAUGACCAUGGUUACUAUUUUUGCAAAAUUUCUUUUGACUAGAAAAAAGCAAAUUGAUAUAAUGACUAGCAACUACUAGAAUGUUACAGACUCUCCUUGUUUACAGAUCUAGACUGAAUCAUAGUUACAGUAUUUUGCAUCUGGCUUUCAGAAUUAUCAUUUUUCUUACUUAUGGGCAUUAUGGAUGUAUGCAGGACUGCAUAGUGUUUAAAACUUUCUGUGGAAAAUGUAAACCCAACAGUCCUUAAGUGUGCAUCAAGUUUCCUGUGUUGCCUUUCUUAACAGGGGCUGAUAUCACGAGUCACAGCCCAAUAUGAUCGAUGGGUGCAUAUGCAGUCCAAUGAACCUUUGAUCAUCAAAUUACAGUCUCACUGGAAAGGAUACUUGGCUAGAAAGGCUUACCAUGAAAGAAGAACUUUUUUAAAGGAACAUUUACCAGCUGUUAUUAAAAUCCAGGUAUUUUUGUUAACUAAACUAACAGUUUUGAAUUGUCAUGAUACAAGCUUUGGAGAGUAGGACGUUUUUAUAGGACAGCACUGUAGCACAUUAUGCAAAGCUAAUAACAGCAAUAAUGAUAAUAUUGAAAACUAGGUUGAAAUUGUUGGCCUACUUCAUUUCAAAUUAUUACAGCAUGCAGGAAGUAAUCUUCUGGUCAGCAACUGUCUUGAGAUUGCUAGUUGAGUUCAUGUAUCAAAAGAAAGUCAUAUGUUUUGAUUGUAGGCAUUUGUUAGAGGAUUUAUUCAAAGACUGAAAUACCAAACAAGGCUACAGGAACUGAGGAGUCACCCUGAUGAAGUCAUUAAGGUAUGAAUAUUUAAGACAGACGUUUAUUUGUGCAAUUUAAAUGCUUCUGUUACAGCACCACUAAACUGUGAAUUCUGGCCUCUUGAAAUGAUUUCAUCCUUCCACAAUCAAAGAAAACCUUUUUCUUGUCCUUUUUAUUUCCUUUAUCAGUUCUGUUCAUAGAAGUUGCAGUUUUUCCUAUAUAUCUUUACACAGAAUUAUUGUAAAUAGUCAUAUAUCUUCAUUCAAUAGAUUCAAUCUUGGGUGCGCAUGUGGAUUGCCAGAAGGAAGUACCUAGAAAGAAGGAAAUACUUCAAAGACCAUGUGAGUGACCAUGUGUAGUUGCCAUUCUUUUUUUUGGAAUGUGGAGGUCAGUCUUUUAGUUGUAGUAUGGAGUCGUUACUGUUAAUCAGUUGUGUAUUACAAUUUUUGUUUUCAACACCACAAUUCUUGGUCCUCCACAAACCUAAAAUAAAGAACACAUUUAAUUGUAAACUGUCUGAAACUCUCCUGGGCAGGGCUGUCCAUAUCUUGAAGUGAUAUUUUUAAAAAAAAGAAACUUGAAAAAAACAAAACAAAAGUUACCUCUUCUCUUGUUGUUGUUUUUAUUUUACUUUGCGUCUUUCAACUAAAAAAAGCAUUUAAAUGAAUAAAUAAAUGCCAGGGCCCGGUUCCUUGAAAGAUGGUCAAGUUUAACCCAGGAGUAAGCCAAAUAUUAAGCAGGGUUUUCUUGUUUAAGAACAUGCAACUCGAGCUUACAAAAUACAGUUAAGCCUUUACCCCUAGAUACUGUAAAAAAAAAACACAAAACGUUACUCUAAGCAAUACAUGGGAAUGUAGAAUACAAAAACGGGACAAAAUUUUAAUCCUGGAUUAGUGCCAAUUGGGCCCAGGAUAUCUGUAGAAUUACCUGUUUGUUUUUGCUUUUUGUAGGAUUCUGCAAUAGUGAAGAUUCAAGCAUGGGUGAGAGCCAAUGUGGCUCAAAAUGACUAUAGAAAACUUAGUAAGUGUUUUUUUUUUAUCUCCUGCUAUCACAUCUACUUGAAAUUAUAAAGAAGGGGAGGGUCUAAGACAGGAUAUUAAAGACCUCUACAGUUUUCGUACAUAUUGUUUAAUACAUGCUGUUAUUCACAUUUUGGCAUACUAUUAUGUAUCUGAUAAGUAUAGGUUCCAUGGAGGUCCAUGUAAAAUAUUUCCUUUAGAGGGAAAAUUCCCUGCAUAUGAGAUUCAAACUAUUGCAAGCUAUGAAUUCUGUUUUGUAGUUUUACCUUAGAGAUACCAUAACCGAAAAAUCAACGAUAAAAAAGUAACACAACGUUUUAACGUUUCGUUUCGAUCGUUAUCAGAUACCAUAACCACUAUAAAAUUUAAUACAAUCUUACUGUACUUUUACUUAAAGCCGGUAGUCUCUUAAUUUUUGUUUUUUUUGUUGUUAUUGUCACAAAGUUUCUAUGCAAGAUCCACCAUGCAAGACUGUAAGAAAAUUCCUUCAUCUUUUGGAACACAGUGAUGCUGACUUUGAAGAAGAGCUAGGUAAUUCAGUAUACAGGUGUAAUAUUUACUAUGUACUCUACUGAUUUCAUCCAAGGACCAUCUUUACAAGGAUUCUGCCCAGAUGUGAUAGCAUGAUCUAAUAGCAUGUGUACAAUAUACUUUGGUUGAAUUACUGACAUUAUGACCACAUCAGGGGCCACCGGACGACAACUUACUUCUGCCCUUGGUUGACGGGGGAAUCCUACUUUUGUUUAAAAAUGUAAAGUUUCUUUUAGUUUUUGUCACAACUGCUGGAAAAUUCUUCUUUGCAAUGUUUUUGUGACAUUUGACUAGAAAAACAAAACAGGACAAAAAAAAGGACAAGUUUGUAUGACAGUUUUGCAUAGAAAAUCUUAGGUAGAUUGAAGAUUGGUAUUGUUAACAUUUGAUGUGACUGACUCUACAGACCUUCAGAAGUUAAGAGCUCAAGUUGUAACAGAGAUCAGAUCAAAUCAACAGUUGGAAAAUGACCUGAAUCUUAUGGACAUCAAGAUAGGACUUCUUGUUCGGAACAGAAUCACUUUACAGGUAAUCAGAUUUCUUCCAUAUUCGUGUUAUCUUUCACAAUAAACUCAAUAGUUUUCUGUUGUUGUUGUUGGCGGUUUUCAGUGUUAACUUCUUAAUUAAAUAUAUGUUUGGCCAUGAGUGGGAACAGUAUUUCUUAUAGUUGUUAUUUUUGUGUGAGUAACCUGUAAUAGUCUGUGAUCUGUAUGAAGUAAACUUCUUGUUGCUUUUAGGAUGUUAUACAUCAUGGAAAGAACUUGAAGCGUGAAAAACAAGACAUGAGUACGGCUUUACAAAGAACAAAAGGAAUCAAGUCUCUUAGUAAAGAGAGCCAUGAAAAGCUAGAAGCUUAUCAAAAUUUAUUCUACCUGCUUCAGACAAACCCAGUUUACCUAGCGAAGCUGAUUUUUGCAAUGCCGCAGAGUAAAUUUACCAAGUUUAUGGAGUCUGUUAUAUUGACAUUGUACAAUUAUGCUUCUAAUGCACGGGAAGAGUACCUGCUUGUGAAGUUAUUUGAUACUGCUCUCAAAGAAGAAAUCAUGUAAGUAUAAAUGUACAUUCUUAUUCAACAUACUGGCAAUACUAUGACAGAUGUCUUACCAAAUUUUAAAGUAUCUUCCUGAAAACAAGGUCACUGAGCUCAAAAUAGGAUUUUUAAAAGUAAAAAAAUUUUGUAUCUUGUACAGGGUUAUGGUAAAUUCUUUUUUAAAGGCGUUGUUGACCACUGUGGUUUGUUUUUCAGUUCAAAGGUGGACCAGAUGCAGGACAUAGUGACGGGAAAUCCGGCAGUCAUUAAAAUUGUGGUACACUUUAACAGGUGAAUUAUAGAGAACGUUUUAGCCCUUUUUUUGCAUCCACUUUAUGAUUCCCAGCAGGUCUUCUUGCUGUACACUACCUGUACAAAAUCGUCUACAGUAAUAUUGAUGUAUGAAAAUAUGAAUGUAGCACAUAUGCAGCUACAAUCCCAUCGUGACUCAUGAAACGAUCACUUUCUUCUCAUACCAGUCUUUGUUCCGGUAGAAUUUUUGUUACCCCAUUGUUUCAAAUGUGAGUUUGUACUUAGUAUGUUUUAUCCUUCUUUUAUACAGAGGACAGAAGGGUCAGAGUUCGCUGCGUGAGCUACUGCAGCCAUUAGUUGAAGGUGUUCUUAAUGACAAAAACCUGUCAAUAAAUACCAACCCACUUGAAGUGUAUAAAGCAUGGAUAAACCAAAUGGAAUCAGAGACUGGACAAGCCAGGUACAGUCCCCCCCUUAAAGUUCUAACUGCAAAGACUGCCUUUCCGAAAAGUAUCAGAAAAUAAUUUUCAAUACGUUUGGAGCUACAGGAGCAUUUUUUGUAUGGGUAAAUGUACUAUAGAAUAUAGCUAUAAACCGUAUUAAUUCGUUCUUUUUAUACUUUUUGUAUUUAUAGUAAGUUGCCAUAUGACGUUGAGCCAGAACAAGCCCUCAAACAUCCCGAAGUGAGCUCCAGAAUAGAGGCUGCUAUGAAGAGUCUUACAACUGCAACAGAUACCUUCUUGAAUUCUAUUCUUCAGUCUGGUGAUAAAAUACCGUAAGCACUGUUCUUUAUCUUCAUUUGUAUUGAAUGUAAAAUCUAACUUGCUCGUCUUCUAGUGCUGUAAUUAUUUUAUUUCUUAUAUAUGUUUUUGUUGGUUACUAGUUAUGGUUUAAGGUAUGUUGCCAUGUCUUUAAGAGUGGCUCUUGCCGAAAAGUUCCCAGAAGCGCCAGAGGCAGAGAUAUUGAAGGUAACAUGGAUAUUAUUUAUAGAGAUGAAAAAGUCGAACAUUUCUGUGCUCAGCUGUGAGAAGUAUGGUGAUGGAAAUUGUCUGUUUUCAGGUUGUAGGUAACCUGAUCUACUACAGAUACAUGAAUCCUGCUAUAGUGGCUCCUGAUGCAUUUGAUGUGGUGUCUUUUGGCGUUGACAAAGGCUUGACACCAGACCAGGUACGGCAGCGCACCUUCAUAUUUGAAAAAGAAUAUCAUAGUUAAAUAAUCAUCAACAAAGAAAAGCAACUGCCAUGGAAAAUCUACGUCUUCUUUCAACCUAAGAUCAUGGACAAAUUCCUUAGGGCAGUGAUGCAAUAUUCUUAAUUAUCAGUAAUUCCAGGGUGCCUUCAUAAAACAAUGCUGUCUUUUUAUGAGUACUUCAAGUGCAGUUGUCCCUUACCCCACCCCACCCUAUACAAUGUUCAAACUUGGGUAAAAUUCUGGAUACACGUGCCUAGCGUUGUUUGUGGGGUAGGUGUUGUGAAUGUAUGAUUUGAAAAAAGCCCCACAAAUACAAAUUUGUCUCUUAAGACUUUUGUCCAUGAUUGUAGGAUUCUCUUCCCCUUAAACUGCAAACUGCAAUGUUUCAUGCAUGGGAAUUUAACUAAGAUUUGCAUGUUUUGCUUUUCUCUCACAGAGACGAAAUCUUGGGUCUAUCGCCAAAAUCCUUCAGUAUUUAGCCUCAAAUAAAAUGGUAAGAAAGCUGUGACCGUCGAUCAUUCAGUUUAAGGAGAAUUUGCAAAGUAAUCGUCUCUGUGAUUCCGAGACAGUUUGGCCCGCACCAACAUGGCAAUGGAAAGAUCUUGAAAACAGAAACUCGGAGACCCCUGCACUUUUGGUGUCGGUGAACAUCGUGCAUUUUCUCAAACUUUCUUUAUAAAACAUCGUACAUUUUUUUACAACUUAACUGGUAAAUCCUGGAGUCCUUGUAGGUGGAGCGCUCUUGUCUAUGCGAGUAUAGACAAUAGAAAAUUACUGUCUACUUGUGGAAUGCAUCAAGCGCUUAAGGUGAUACUAAUGCCAGAAUUGAAUACCAGUUUAAGUAUUCCUUCUAUUGUUAAUUGAUUACUAAAUGAAAGAUGUUUUACCCAGUUAGGAAAACAGUCCAAAAACAAAGAUAUAGAAAAGAGUGAUCUGGAACAUCCUGAAUCUGAGAAUUCAACUGAAUAUGUUGUUGUUAGUACGCGUUGAGUUACACUCUUCCCAGUCACUCGCUUCAGUUUAGUGCAUCAGCCUCCGCUAUACACUUUACAUAGCUGAUUCAACAAAGGUUGCUUUGGGCAUUGGGAAUUCGCAACUGUGUAUUGGGUAUUUAGAUAUAAGGAACUCAGUGCAAUGACUUGCUUAAGUGACCACCAAACAAUAGAUUCCCAGUGCGCAAUUCCUAAUGCCCGAAGCAACCUUUAUUGAAUCAGCUGUAUAAAGUAAUAUUCUUACUUUCUUUCAAGGCUUAGCACCUUGCUGAUUGCACAAUCCUACACUUUAUCUUAUGACAUUUUUACAUUAAUAUCUUGUUUAGUUAUAAUGUACUAGCGGAUAUUUACAUACUUAACAACAGCUCAAACAAACAUGAAACGUACUUUUUUGUGCCUUGUAAAGCUUACGUAACGAUCAUCUUUGUGCUACAAAGUGGUGUAGGAUAGUGUUUUUAUUCCUGCUGUAUUUGCGGUGUAUGAAUUUUUUUAUCUUUUAUAGAGCAGAAAUAAUACAAUUAGGGAUACCAAUUGAUUUGUUUAUCGGUUUUCAUUUUCAUUUUAUUAGUUUGGAGGGGAGAGUGCGCAUCUUAGUCCUCUUAAUGGCUACAUUGCACAGGCUCACCAACGCUUCAAGUAAGUUCCAUGUAAAUCUCCUAAAUCAUUUCGUUUUAUGAGACAAAAAAACACACCAGUUUAGAUGUGUUUUUAUUUUACCUUCAUGUGUGUAUUAAGAAAAAUAGUUAUGGGUGCUUCAUUGUCAUCUAGGGUGACGAAAGUCAAUGCACCAUACAAAGGCUUAUAGUGAAUGUUUUGGGUAAAAAGCAAUAUAUCUUAUGGCGUAUUUGAGAACACAAUAAGUGCGCACCAUUAGCAUCCAGCUUUUCCCAAGAUUUUACUCUGAUUGCAGUAACAACUAGUAAGGUGUCCUUUUUAUAGAAAACUGUUCAGCCAAAUAACAGAUUUCAUGUAAAGAGAUUUGUCUAUAAACUGUUGACUGAUUCUUGUUUCUGCGUUGUGGUUUAGGAAGUUUUUCUUGGAGGUGUCAACAGUAGAGGAACCUGAGAAUCAUUUCAAUAUCGACGAGUACACAGAUGUAGUGAUGGUCACUAAACCGGUGAUUUACAUCUCAGUACAGGAGAUCUGUGAUACUCACACUUUACUGAUAGAUCACAGAUAUGAAAUAGCACCUGAUCCUAAUGAUCCUCUUCAUGAACUGCUGGAUGAUCUUGGUGAUGCACCCAGUGUUGAGGCCCUACUAGGUAGGUAACACUUCAUAAACUGUUCACAGUGCUCUAUUUAUUCGAAAGAUCUUCAGGAUCGAGUGCUUACUGGUAAGGGCGGCCACCUUGAUUUCAUAAUAGAUAUGAACCGAGGGGGCGGGCGUCAGGGUUUAUCGCGGAAAGGGGAGGGAGGCGACAAAAUAUCUACCUCUAUUUUUCUUUUCUAUUUUACCGUCCCUCGCCCCCUGAACGAACAGUCUACAGAGGUCCGGGAUCGACAAGGGACUAUCGUAAUGUCUCAGUAAUAAUAAUAGCAUUUAUUUAUACACGAUAAAAAAGUACAGCAGGGCUGUAUGAAAGUUUUAGGAAAAUGAAAAAAUCUAGAGAAAAUUCUUUUUCUUGUCUUCUUCUUUUCUUUUUCUUUGUAAAUAGCACUCGUGCGCAUUCAUUAACCAGGCUUACAACUGAAUUUCAUUAAUUUUUGUUAAAUGAAUUAUCGGGAGGAACAGCAUUGGGGUUCUAAAUUUCACGUCGUUUAUUUUCGCAAGAACUAUUUUUUCUUCGUUUCUCAUUUUUUUUUUUUCGCCGUCUGUUUUGGCCGUGCGAUCGCCAUAAGUGUUUACUUUACGGCUGACAUGUUCACUGUAUCCCAAUGCGUGUCAGCAGUGGUCAUUUCAGUUCUGUUUAUUUGAAGAAGACUUGUGUAUCUAUUUGAUAUUUUUUGGCGAUAGGUGACAUAGCACCAGUGAAUGGAGAAGAAGGACUAACAGCACAAUCAGCCAAAACGGAGAUUUCUUUAACUCUGACAAACAAGUUUGAGGUACCAGAUGAUGACGACUCUGACAUGAGAGCCUUGUUUGUAAGGUGAGCUCACUUAAUCAAUCUUGUAACUGCUGUGAGAUGUGUAGGUAUCACAUCUGCGGGGCAGUGGUCUGUGUACUUUGCCAGUCAGAUAUUGAAUGUUCGUGUUUUGUAUCGCAGAACAAAAAGAAUGAUCGUUGAUGUGCUUAAAGUUCAACCUGGUGAAAAUCUUACAGAAAUCCUUGAGACAACAGCAACUGAUGAACAAGUGAGUCUUUUUUACAUGUGCCACUUUGUUUCGAGAUACUAUCAAGUUCUUUGUAAAGAUCGACACAUCUAUCCGACUGCGUACCAUUUGUUAACUCGUUAGCCAUUCUGUCACAGCAUGCAUUGUUUUUAAACUCUGGUAAAGCUAGCGUUUCAUCUGCUUUAUUUGGCAGGGGACACUCUCGCAUGCAGACUGCAACCAAAAACAGUAAAAGUUACAAAAUUGUACAACCUGUGUUCUUACUGUACUUAAUCUGAAUUUAACGAACGUCAGUAUGCACUAAUUUUACAUGACAAAAAAAGAAUUUGUUAUGAUGACGAGAUUGUAAGCGAUGGCUUAAGGCUUCGGAGAGUGACUGGUUUUAACAUAACCAACAGAAACAGUUCCAGCCCCAUUGACUGAUUACGAAGUUUCGUUGUUUUGCUGAUAUAUCAGUCUAGAUCAUCAGAGACCAUUAAUUGUAUCGGACUGCUAACUACAGGUUGACUACUGGUAGAGGUAAUUCAUUCAUCAUUUGAAUUUUAUCACGUGACUGCUGCCUUUGUCCCAGGAAGAAGAACACACGCGGUUAAUGAGGCUAAGAGAACUGAGCGAUGAAAACAAGAGUAAGUCCCUCGGCAACGUGACAAGAUCAGCCUCCGCUUACGGUGAUACCAAGUAUGUACGAUGUGUUAAGUUACUUGCAAACGGACGCAACAACUCCCGAGAUUGUUCGGCCACCAAUGUUGGGAGUUGCUACGUUCGUAUUGGCAGUGGUGUGCAAACGGAUGCAACUCCAAGGAGACCAUGUGUAAUGCGUGUGCUUGGCCCCAAGAAUGUUGGAAGAGCUUUAGGAAGAGCUGUGCAAACAGAUCCAACAUUAUUGCGCUACGCUUCGGUGAUCACGGAAACAAACGAAAUGUUGGCCCAAAAUUUUGACCAGUUUGAAAUUUUGCGCAACAAAAUGCAACAGGGUGUGCAAACGGACGCAACAUGUAACAUCCAAAAAUGUUGGUAGUUAUUGGCCAUCAAUGUUGCGUCCAUUUGCACGGGACUUUAUUCGUCUCAUGUAUUUAUUACUCACCCGCCGCGGGUCUUCCCGCCACAAAUGACACGAGUCUCCAUUACAGAGCUGGGCAGUUAUUAAGUAAAGUACUUUUACCUUAUGCUGAGGUGGAGUAAAAUCUUACGGAAUAACCAGUCAGAUAAAUCAUCUUUACCGAGACUUUCACUACAAAUACUGUUUAUGUAUUUUUUAGAGUGAAAUAUGAAAAUCUUUUCCCUGUUUAAAAACCACUUGCAAUGAGCACCGUUGACAUUACUCUUCUGCUUGCACCGCAAACGGCUUUACUGAAGUGAAUUCUGUUGAUCACUGAAAAAAUGCGACACAUUUACCCGUAAAGCCACAGUCAAUGUUGGGUCUAGGAAUAAAACAUGCAAAGCGUCCUUCUUAUUGGGGAAUGUGUUGAUAUCUGUUUGAUAGACUUGGGAUUAUUGUUUAGUCUGUUUCCUCACCAAUUUUAUUCUUGUUCUUGAUAUCAUCAUGUUUGUAACAGAAGGAAGUAAUUUUCUUUUUUUUUUUUCUUUUCCUUUUUUUAUUUCACAGGCUUCCUCUUGAAGGACUUAAAAGAAAGAUUAUUAGAAAUCUACGGAUGCUUGAAAGCCAAGGGGUUGUUACCAUCAAAAAUNGAACCAAUCAAAACUCGAAGUAAUUACAUGUGGCUGACGCAAAGCGCGGGAAAAUGCAUGCGAGCGCGUCACAAUUGGCUUUGGUUUUACUUCUGAUUGGAUGAAAAGGUGGCGCGAAUCUUUUAAGCCAAUCGCAUCGUGUAGAAAGUGCAAAACCAAUUACUUUUCGACACUCAAAUGAAAACCGCUCUAUUUGGUAUCUUGUUUUCUUGUUACAGGACAUCCGCAAUCAGAGGAGAUACCGUCAAAGGCGGAGACAAGAAAAAAAGAAACUUGGACAAACUUUGGAAAGCUUGCAGAACAAAUCGCAGUUCUAUGAGGAACAAAUCGACUACUAUAAUCAGUACAUUCGGGUGUGCUUAGAUAACCUGGCCAAGAAAGGAAAGUAAGUUAUUCAUUGGUUUUAAACAUUCUAUUAUGCCUUAUACUCAGAGUGGGAUGAGGUUGGAUACAGUAGGGAUCGGGGGCACGUAAAAGACUCGUUGUUUUGUUUUAAUUUUAACAUGUCCAGUUUCUUUCAAGGAUAGUCGCUUAUUGCGACUGCCGUGCUACAUUCUUUAUAGAUUUUUCAAGUUUCGUCAAAUGGGAAAAGCCAGCCCCAAACCUAUUUUUCACCGAACUUGACACUUUAGCUAUUUUGAGUUGUUUAACUGGGAGGAGCAAGUUUGUUAAUAACCUGGUUUGUUGAAUAAUUUGCUAGAAAACCUUCAAGAGCCAAACAGCAAAAAGGAGAAGUGUUCCGCGGAGAAAUCAAGUACACCGCGCAGAGACUGUACGAGAAGGGAGUUAUACUUGAGAUCGAAGGACUACCACCAGCGCAGUUAGUAAAAACUUCGAUUUUUAUUAAAUAAGUGAUAAUGCUACAAUCAAGGCCAACGAUGGUCUUUGACCGCUUUAACCGGGAUGGGAACCAUAGACUGUUUUACGCUGGUCAUGUUUUCGGGUUCUAGAAUUAAUCUGUAUUAAAAUUUCUAACUGUGGAAUCUCAUGCGAGGUUUGCAACCUUGCGUUAUUUCAGAACAACGUCAGUUUUAGUUUUUUUUUCUAUUGUUUGUUAGCCCUCUUCGCUUUUGCCUUUUUUGCGUUCGAAGACAAUGAACAUAAGACUUCCUCUCGUUUUAGGGUGUAUACUUUAUUUGUUUUUAAGUUUAGGAACGGAUUGCUGUGUUUCUGUUUUGUCUAUGAUGUGCUUAAGUGACGCAGAUGUGUUAUUUGUCCAUCAGGUUUAAAAAUGUCAUGUUUGAGAUCAAAUCAGCCGAUGAAGUCGGUGUGUUUGUUGUGUCUGCUAAAUUCAUGGGUGUGGCAAUGGAGAAGGUAGAAUUAGUUUUCCAGGUAAGAAAAAAUAACUCUCUUCUGUUUAGUAUGAUUUCAUCAAGACUUAAUUCAAUCACACUUUAACAGUCUGUUUCUUCUGUGUCAUAAACACUAUUUGAUGUUAAAAGCAAAGUAUUUCGACAACCGUUUUCACUACAGUUUGAAUUUGAUGACCUUUUCCAAAUCGCUUUUAGUUGGGAAAGGAGCCUAAAAAUAAUAUGAAUCCAGGUGUACCCUCGUAAGUUUAGCAGUAUAUAUAUAAACGCAAGAGACUGGCUUCCUUCUCAGGUUAUUUUGUUGUUCUUUUGACAGGACUUGCUCCAGCUUCAAUACGAGGGCGUAGCAGUUAUGAAAAUGUUCGGUCGAGCCAAGAUAAACGUGAACUUGCUGAUCUUUUUGUUAAACAAGAAAUUUUACGGCAAAUAG